CAUGAAAAAGCGCUUGCGCUUUCAAGCACAUAAACGCGACAACAAUAACAACCACAUUGAAUGACAUACAUUCGAGAGAAUCGAAACGGCUGACAAGAAAGAGCGUGUGUUUAGCCGUGCUCCCUCUUAUGUCAAAGCGGCGGCCAGCAGCAUUGUGUUGCAACAGUAGCGACAGCGACAACAACAGCCACACAUUGGCAGCGGCCGACCGCGGCGAACAAGACGAAACGUCAGAAAUAAGCAAACGAAGCGAGCAAAGAAAACCUGAGAAUAACCCAAAUGGGCAGUUGUAGUUAUUGUGCUGCGGCGAGCGAUGGAAAUGGGAACAAAUUUCGUGUGUGUUUUGUUGUGCGAUAAAAUAAGCAGAUUUUUAUAAACAAAAUACAAAAAUCUUGUGAAUAAAUAAAAAGAAAUUUUGUGAAAAACGUGAAGCUAGUGAAUUGCUAAUGCAAAGACAUAAAUGUAGCAUGUGAAAAAGCAGUGAAAAUUUGUGCCGAAGAAAAAGUGGAAAUCACUUUGCUACAUGCAGCACCAGAUGAAUCACGUUUUUGAAAAGAAACUAUGUACAUACAUAAGUGACAAAAUAAGUGCAACGAAACAGAAAUUUGUGUAAAGUGAAGCAAAUAAAUAUUUUAAACAAGUUUGUGUGUAUUAAAAAUACCUACAAAUAACGAAAGCAUAAAUUAAUGCAUUUGAUUAAAUCGCAUUUUAUGAAACUGGCAAAUUGCAUGCAAUAUGUGUAAAGCGUUAAAAAUCUGUGUGCUUGUGUUCAAAAAUUAAAUUCUAAAAUAAAAAUCUAAAGAAAGUAUAAUAAAAAAAAGCAAAGAAGUUGAAUAAAACAAAAUCUUCGCAAAAAGUGCAAGUACUCAUAUAUACAUUAAAUGUUUAUAGAAUAGCAAAUUCAGAUUCGAUGUCGCAGAAUUUACACAUAGAAGAAACCGCUGUUUGCAGUACAUAAAUACGAAGUUGAAUGUGUGGCCGAAAAAUCCAAUUGCCCGUUUAACUAGGUCAAUCCCGAAUGGCGUGAGUGCAUAGGUGACCAAUCGAUGAUACCCAAAUAAAUCUUCCCAAAACUCUUGCAUUGCGCUUUUGUAUUGACUACAACAGAAAUGUAAAUGAUGCAAGGGAAAAAUGUCGCGCCAGAUUCGAGUUUCGCAUGCCAACUCGAUUGCAAACACAACAAAAAGCGCAACAACAAAACGAAAAACAAAAACCACACAUGUGUGAAAUCCAUACGCUGACGGGCUCUGAACAAUCAGCAUACAAUCUUACACAAAAAAGGAAUCUUUUGUCACCCGUCAACGAAUUAUUUCUUAGUCGAAUAGUUGCUUGACCCAGCAACCCGCAAUGUAUCGCUUAAAUGUACAACAACAGCAAUCUCAGCAGCAGUCAUCCUCUUCAUCAGGAUCGUCGUUGUCUUCGUCUGCCAAAUCCUCAACGCAGUCGUCGGCCACGAAUGCUGCCACCUCCACAAUAACAACAACAACAGUCAUACCCAGCCACAUUUUGUUGCAGCAACAAUUGGCGGCUGCCGCAGCAGCUGCAGCGGCCGGCAUCAAUCAACCGCCAGCUACAAUCGCUGCUACGCAUUUGCUUAGCGUCGCUGCCAUUGCCAGUGGUGACGUCGGCAGCGCGCUAGAUCUGAAUGGCGGCCAUCAGCAACGUGCGCUCAUCCAUCAACCGCGGCAAGCACAUGCGCACCAUCGUCUGCACGCCAACAACAACAGCCCCAGCCCCAGCCUCAGCCUUGGCUCGGCUGCAAUCGGUGGUGGUGGUGCUGGUGGUGUUGGUGUUGAGUCGCCCUCCACCAUCAUAACGAAUGUGAUGGCCGCAUCGGUGGAGGAGAAAAUAAAAAUAAUUUCGACUGCCAUUAAAGCGGAGCCGCUGCAUGAAUUCAUUUCGCUGACAACUUCGGCAGCUGCUGCUGCGGCUGCGGCACCGGCAGCAACUACGUCAACGUCAUUAGUUAACAAUGGCGGCUCGCAUAGUAAAAUCAGCAAUACUAGCAUUAAUCACAUCAGCAAUAAUACUCUAAGCAACAGCAACAACAAUAGCAAUAAAAAUCACGGCAAUCCCAGUCCGAACUCGAAUACAAACUCGAACAACAGCAACAACAAUGUUUUAGCACUCACUGUCAACACACUGCCGUCAGCGGCGGCAUCCUCCAGCGGUACUUCCAUUUCCGUUGCUGCCAAGAAGUCUUCUGCGGUGAGCGCUGUCAGUCAUGCCACCGCAACAACAAUAGCUGUGAGUCCGUUAAGCAAUGCAAAUACCAUAAAUCUGGUUGUUGCUGGUGGCGCAGCCGGAACAGCUUCUACCUCCAGCGGUGGCGCGGGUGGAACUUUGGUUAUCACCACUGGCGGCAGUCAUGGCGCAACGCCGUCUUCAUCGUCUGCGGCAGCGGCGGCAGCAGCAGGUAGUAGCAGUGGCUCCACAGCCAAUGGACAUUUAGUUUUUGUGCCCAAGCGCGCACGUUUGGAAUGUCCUCCAAGCAACGAGGAAUGGAUUUCCACCUCUAGUCCGGGUAGUGUGCCCAGUUCAGCACCACCGUUAAGCCCAUCGCCGGGCUCGCAGAACCACAGUUACAGCGCGAAUAUGUCGAAUGGCUAUGCAUCGCCGAUGUCAGCAGGCAGCUACGAUCCGUAUAGUCCCAAUGGUAAACCAGGUAAGCUAAAAAGAUAUCACUAAUAUUUAGUAGACGAAAAUGAAUUGAGUUUAAGCCAGCGCCUUUGGCGAUUGGGGAUAUGUUAUUGAGAGUUUUAAGAUAUGUUCUAAGGCCUUUCUUAACCGACACCUAGCUGGUGUUAGCACAUCGGGCUUAAUGUUAGCUUGAGGAAGUCCAACAUUGUUAUUUUCAAUGCACCUAUGUAUAUCAAUCGUUUUCUACAUAUCUGGCCCUAAAAUCGUUCGUCGAUUUUGGCCGGGUGCAAAAUUGUGGCCAUUAUUAUGUUGAAAACCAGCUCUUACAGUUCAUCAAUCCAUCUUCUUCGGUACCAGUAGACAUUGGUGGUGGUUUUACUGGUUCCUAGGUAGGCAAAGUCUUUCACUGCUUCAAAGUACGCGACGAAUCUUUAUGUGCUGCUAGGAGGUGUCUUAUCCUCAUUCACUGCUAGACCUGACAAGGCGAACCUGCACCAGUAAUAUAAAUGCUUAUAAGCUAAC